AUGCUCUUCUUGGACAAGCCCACCAAUCACCUGGAUACUGAGACUAUUGAUGCCCUGGCUGAUGCCAUCAAUGAGUUUGAGGGUGGCAUGAUGCUGGUCAGCCAUGAUUUCAGACUUAUUCAGCAGGUAGCACAAGAAAUUUGGGUCUGUGAGAAGCAGACAAUCACCAAGUGGCCUGGAGACAUCCUGGCCUCUAAGGAGUGCCUCAAGCUAGUGGGUGAAGAGUCCCAGCUUAGCAGGAGGACCCACAAUGUGUGA